AUGAGGAUUGUUGGUUUAAAAGAGUUUUUUUAAGCUACUCAAUUAAGUAGCUUAGAAAAUGACACCAAGAACAUUACUAGCAGUUGUUUAUGACUGUAGUUUGAUUUGCACAAUCCAUCCAAUUACUUUUCAUUUCAGAAUCAGAAGCCAUUUAUUGCCACAUAUAGAAAUUUGACUUGCUGAAUUAGUGCAAUUCUAAGAAUUAAAUAGAAUAAAAAAUAAGAUAGAAAUAUACAAGCAACAAUAUAAACAGACAAGAUAAGUAUGUUAAAAUAUGUAUAAGUACCUUAAAACGUGUAUGUAUGUCCAUAUGUUUCCAUGGUCAGAGUGCAAAAUGUUUCCGGGAUGGAGUAUUUGGGUCAAUGGGAGACUCGGACUUGGUUAAUGAGAUCAACUUGCUUACUAUAAGAAACUUUCUCUGUAGCUGUCAUUGAGUUGGCAUGUUUUACUGAAAGAGCAACAUGUUUCAGUCAUUGAUUGGCUAAUCAAACGUUGUCCCCUUCUAGAUUAGUUGUAAUAACUUCACAUUGUCAUUUAGCAUUUUCAUCAUGCCAGUUCCUCAUAAUGUUUAAUUAGUAAAGCUAAUGAUAUUUUCACCAGACUUAGCUGUAUCCUGUUCUUAUUGCAGGUAGCAAAUGUUAGCAUGCUUUGUGCUAAGCUAAAUGGGGAUUUUAGCAUUAAGCUCUCUACAUUCCAUUGAUGUAAGACGAUUUAAAUGAUGAGAUGGUAAAUGCAUUUCAGUAUUUCAUACUUAAUAAACCGCUUUCUAAUGAAUUUGGAAUUCACGAAAAGCAAAUGCCUAUAGCGUCACAAAAACAAACAUGCCUCCCAUGCCUUUCCAGUAACAUGCAUACUUGCCAUAAAAAGCCAUUACAGUCCCGGCCCCCCCUCGGUCCCCCCUCCAUGGGAUCCCAGCCAGCAGCUCCACCAGAAUGUCAUUUGAAGCCGGGUAAUCAGCCGGCGUGUGUGCAGGCAGCAGCUGCUCAACAGGAAUACUUCAGGCUUCAUUCAAAGGACUCAUGAAAUCCUGAAUAAAACUACCCAGGAAUGGUGGAAACUGCUUAGUUUCUAUCAUACAGAGCAAUAUUGCAGCCAUGUGGACUUUUGACCUCACUUUGAAGGAAGAGAUAAAUAUUAAGCUCCCCGGGGGACAUCCAGGAAUGGAAACCAAACUUCAGCAUGUGACUCUCAGGGAAUAGAUCAGGCGUUCUUGAAUGAAACUGGAAAGGAAACGCAGGGGAAGGAGUUCAUUUAACUUACUGGUUAAUUACACGGUGCAUGCUGUGCUUUGGCCAGUCGGUCUUUUUUCGCUUCAACCAUCCAGAGGAGGCCCUGCGAAUGAAAAGCAUGCUGCCCGGAGGGAGCCAAGGACCGAGCACCACAAGAACUCACCCUACAGACUCUCUAAGUGUCCUGAAUGGGAACCAUCGGUCUUUUUCUAGCAACGGCGACUCCAAAAUCAGCAACAUAACAACGCACCUCCAAGACUCUUUAGUGCUGAAGGCUGGAUCUGGAAAACGGCUUAUUCCACAGCCCUCUCCUCCAAACAUGCCCAAUGGGAGAAGCGGCUUCACGACCGAGGAUUCCAUUUAUGAAAACAGCAGCAGCUUUCUAGGCCAUAACCACGGGAACAAAACCCCACCAGUACCAGUGCGAUCCGCUCAUACCGGACAUACUCCUGUCCCCCAUCCACGGACCUCUCUCUCCGUGGCCUCAAGCGGUACAAGUGUUGCUCAGUGGGUCAAAGAAAGCCCGAAGCUCCUUAGAAGUGCAAAAGCAGAGGCCAAGUCAAGCCCAUCACCGCCUAACAGGGCGUCAGGACAGGGCCCUGUCAAAUGUUCCCCAACAACUCCAUCCAGCCCUCGAGUCAGAGGUACUACCCUACAGAAGAGACCCCCAAGUCCUCUGCGAGAAAUCCCUGAUGUUGAAGUCCCUCAAAGGCUCAGGACUCCAGAGCCGAUCGGGUCCACCAGCCUGAGAGAGCUUCCACCUGUCAGCCCUUACAUGUCCCGCAGAGCGACUCCAGGAUCGCAGGGACACCUCAAAAUCACAACUACUUCAAAAGAAGAAGCCUUGAGGGCAAUGUAUGCCCAGGGUGUAUCACCACCUUCUGGGCUGGAGAAGGAGUCCACAGGCAAGCAGUUACGGUGUGGCCCAGGAGGCGCCAUCAUGUCAGGCCCGGGUUCUCUGUCUGGUUUAUCUCCUCUUGCUAGCCCACGUAGCAAUAGGAAGAACUCCUUCAUGAACAUUAAGGGAUCCACCAGCAAAGAACAGAGUCUUGUGAAACCCUACACCCGCGAACGCAAAAAUAGCAUCUCUGAGAUCAGUGACAAUGAGGACGAGUUGCUGGAAUACCACCGCUGGCAGAGAGAGGAGAGGCUGCGAGAGCAGGAAAUGGAGAAACUGGAGCGACAGAGGCUGGAGACCAUCCUCAAUCUGUGUUCAGGCUAUAAUCAGCAGGACAGUGCUGAGGGGGUGAGGAGUGGGCUGUUGGUGGGCGCUAGAGGUGCCCGCUCGGACCCAGCGGGGGGGAUGUCCCUUCAGGGAGUAGACCGACCCCACAGGCUGAGAGAGAACGAUGAAGAAACCCAGAGAGAGGAGUCGAGCAGCACAGAGAGCACACACCAGGAGUGUGAAGAGCUUUCAGCCGGUGCGGAGCAGGUCUGCUUGGAGGAGGAGAGGAGCAGGAUCUUGGCCAGGGUCGAUGACUUGAAACACAGAGUCAGUGAACUGGAGCUGCAGCUACAAGAGACCAAACAGGAGGUGGAGAUGGAGCAGGCCCUGCUGCAGGCAGAGAGGCGGGCAGAGGAGCAGCAGGUGGAGGCUGAAAAAGAAAUUAUCUCUCAGCUGCAGCUCAAACUCAGCCAGCUGGACAAGGCCACCCAGAGGGAGAAGGACAAGGGGAGGGCUAAUGUGUCGGCUGAGCGGAAGGCCCUGGGAAAGCAGAGGAAUGAGUACAAUGAGCUGAAGAAGCUGUUUGAUAAGUGCCCCUUGUCUCUCAGGGAAAAGUUACAGGAGCAGCUCAGCAGGACCUCUGAAGCUCUGGAGUCUGGGACCAAGCAGUUUGAGGAGCUUGAGUUCUGCCAGCUGGAGGAGGAGAGCAGCUUGGAGGAAAAGAAGGAGACUCAAAGCUCGCAGCUUCUCCAAGAGCGAGCGGAGUAUCACUGCAGCGUGGCCAAGAGGAAGGAGAAGAUGGCUGCUAUGGAAGCACAGGUGAAGCAGUUGGGGCUGCAGGCGGCUCAGGACUGUGAGAGGAUGGCUAAGGACCGGAUGAUGACGUUGCAGCAGCUACACAAGGAGCAAGAGAGGUUGUGUGCCCUGGAGAAGAGGAACCACACCUUAACAGGUGGGAGAAGAUUCCAGAAGCCCCACAGCAGCAUGAAAGAGGAAUUUCUCCACAUCAGCGAACCUGACCUUGUUUAUGUGGAUGGUCCUCCUCAUAGCCCCUGUCCCUCCUCUGCCUCCUUCUCCUCCGUUCACAUGCCCUCCCCUGACCCUUAUCCUGUUAGGCUACAAGAGGAGUACCUCAGGCUCUCUGAUGUCUAUAGGAUGUAUGGAAAUGCUUCCAUGCAGCCUGACUCAUCCUCUCCUGCUGCUCUCCACUGCUUCUCCUUCGCUGUAGGGCCGGCUCUGCCAUGUGAGGAGUACAUCACAGUCAGUCAGUUAAGCCAGAUCUUCGGGAUGCAGAGAGUUGACCCCUCCUCUUCUUCCUCUAUUCCAUCAUUCCAAAUUGCCUCUUCUGAAUCCACCUUCUCGUGCCACUCAGCUGCAUGUGGUCCUUCCUCUUUUCUCUCUGCCCAGAGCCAGCCUGAGCUGAGCAGGAAUGCUAUGUCUCCUAUUAACCUCGAGCGCUGGUACCAGGACAUCAUGGCUGCUGGAGAGCCUCAGUCAUGUCCACCACCACUGCCCGCCAAGUCUCUUUCCACACGCAGGCACAGUCAGCUAUUGAGGUCCAAAUCGGAUGCUGAGGUUGCACAGGCAGCAUCAUGCACACUGCCGAGCUCCAGUGGUCAUGAAAAACAUGCAUCCACCAAGGGGUUACAGUUAAUGCUGAGAGAGAUGUCCCACACCUUAGACAUGGACUCUAGGAAAAGGUUGGCUGUGCAGAGCAAAGAUCCGUCUCCCACGGUCCAUCACUCCAUCUUGCAUCAUCAGGCGCCGCCGAGUGGCAACCAAGCGUACGACACCCUGAGCCUGGAGAGCUCCGACAGCAUGGAGACCAGCGUCUCCACCGGCAACUCCGCCUGUACCCCGGAAAGCGCCUCCGGGUUUGAGGCCCAGAGAAUAGAGGAGAUGGAGAAGAUGUUGAAGGAGGCGCAGCAGGAGAAAGCCAGACUGAUGGAGAACCGGGAGAGGGAGGUGCAGGCUCGGCGCCAGAUGUUGGAGGAGGAGCGCAGGAGGCGAGAGGAGGCCGAGAGGAGGCUUCAAGACGAGACGGCCCACAGGCUGAGGCUGGUGGAGGAGGAGGUGAAGAUGAGAGAGAAACACUUCUCCCAGGCCCGUCCGAUGACGCGCUACCUGCCGAACCUCAAGGAGGAGUUUGACCUGCGGGCCCACGUGGAGUCGUCCGGCCACAGCGUAGACACCUGCCCCUUCGUCAUCCUCACAGAGAAGAUGUGCAAGGGCCACCUGGUGAAGAUGGGCGGCAAAAUCAAAUCGUGGAAGAAGCGCUGGUUCAUUUUCGACCGCAUCAAGAGGAACUUCUGUUACUACGCGGACAAGCAGGAGACCAAACUGAAAGGACUCAUUUACUUCCAGGCAAUUGAAGAGGUUUAUUACGAUCACCUACGCAGUGCAACCAAGAGCCCAAAUCCAUCUUUAACCUUCUGUGUGAAAACCCACGACCGCCUCUACUACGUGGUGGCCCCUUCCGCGGAGGCCAUGAGGAUCUGGAUGGAUGUCAUAGUAACGGGCGCCGAGGGCUACACGCAGUUCAUGAGCUGAGGGAGCCACAGGGCCACAGACCCCGAGGAUGACAGGGACACCUGCCAGCCAACCUGUGCUGCUACCUGCCGGGGACAGAGCUGAAACGCAACACACACACACACACACACACACACACACGCCUGCUGGUGUGCACACGGCUGGACGUUUGAAGGGGUUGACAAUGCGUGCCGGCAAGAACAGGAGGGCCUCGUAAUGAGAGAGGUCCAUUUUACAGAAUUUAAAAGUGAGAAGGAAAAGAGUUCACUCAACAUGUUCAUGGAUCUACUAGGGGAUCUCGCAAAGUUACCAAAACAUGUUGUUAAUAUUAUUUUCGAGGUUUCAGGAAGAACACUCGUUAAUCCGUAUAAAAGCCAAUCUAUGCAUGCAGUGUUUUCACUCUAAUCGCUGCCCCCCCCCUUUUCUUUACAGUUAUACUUUUCUCAGAUGAAAAAAAUCUCUUCAAUUUCAAAACAGUUAACAGAUUGUAGUAUCAAAUAUUCUAAAAACAUUGUAAAUGUUAAUUGUUCACUCAAACAUUACUUGGAGCCGAAUACUUGGUGUAAUGUUUUGUUGGAUUUUUACAACACAUGUUGAUAUCACUCUAUAUAUUAUGUUAUAUAUUGUUUUAUUCAGGAAUAUAACAUCACAUUAAUGUGUCUGGAUUUCAUAAAAUUAUGUCAAAGAAAACACGUAUUUUAACAAAUUUCAUAAAUUAUAGUCCUGUAACAUUGUAAAACUACCAUGUACAUGAAAUAAAUAAAAAUAUAUGAUUAUCUCAG